CGCCGCUUUCAUAUGAGACUUGAGCACACAGAUGGGGAGUGACAGAGGAAAUCCUACAGGGGAUAUAAAUAGCUCAUCAUUGUGGUUCAGUAACUUGAUCAGCUGCUUUCUGGAGUGUAUUUGGCUGACGAUGAAAGAAGUACAACGUAAGGUGAGCAAAAAUUAUUCCAUAUCCUAUCUUUCCUAUUGGUUAUUCACCAUGAAUUAAGUUAAUUUUGUACAAUUUCCUAAUAUUCAGCCACCAAUCCAGUAGAAACCAAUAUCAUAUAAUGCUGUCACACCAAACAAAAGUUCAUAAUAUCACUAAUUACAUUAAAGCUGAUCAACUUAUUUGUAACUUUAACCUUUAACCUAAUUCUACAAACUCUUUUCACGUGAACUUACUGUAGAUAUAAAUAAGUUACACUAUAAAUAACCGGGUUGAACCUGCAGCCAGAGAAAUAGGCAACAUCUGGAUGAUCCUUUUGAUUCGAAUUCGAUUCACUCGGUUCAGAUGAAUCGGAUCAGUGGAGUUGGAGUCUUGGAGCACAUUUCAUCUCAGCAUCCUGAUGACUUCGUGUCGGACAGAGUUUUAGCAGCUGGACCACUUUUUCAUGUUGCGUCUUGUAAGUGCGCCCUCAGGUGUCACGGGUCAGCUCGGGAUGAACGCGUCCGACGGAUUAGGAGUCCUUAACCGGACGCGGGAGCAGCUGGACGGCGCGCGCGCUUGCUGCAACAUCACCACCUCCGCCGCGUCUGUCACCGGCAGCGACGAGCGCGAGCAGUUCGUGGCGCGGCUCGUGCAGAUCGCCGUGCUCUGCGUGCUCUCGCUCACCGUCGUCUUCGGCGUCUUCUUUCUCGGCUGUAACCUCCUCAUCAAGUCCGAGAGCAUGAUGAACCUGCUGGCCGAGGAGCGCAGACCGUCCAAGGACACGGAGCUCAUCACCGCCGCGUGACGCUCCGGGACACCGGGUGUCUGGGUGACCCGGCGCGCGCGCUCGCACCUGACAUGACUUUAAUAUUGAUCUGAACUUCUGAUUUGUUUGUUUGUUUGUUUG